ACAAAACCCAACCUGGGAAGAUUAUUUGGUUGUUUGGAAGCUACUUGUCAAACUAACACUCGUUACUCUGUCUCCGGUGGAUUUCGUCACAACCUCAGUGAAAACUCAAAUUACAGUGGAAAACUAACAGAAAAAGUUUUGAUGUUUAGCAAAAAGUGCAAGUGAAGUCAGAGUGCCAUGAAUUGAUUGAUUGAUAGACUUAAAUUACUCAGGAAUCGGAAUGCGAAGUGUACUACGGCUUUCUAGAUUUCAUGUGAUUUCAUGUUAAUGGCUUGCUAAAGAUACAAACACAGUCUGCUUUUUUGUUGUUGUUGUAUUGUUGUGAUUUGUGAUGAGAAUAAAUUUAGUUUUCCGUUAUUCCACACAUUCUGUACUGCUAUUACCAGCCAGAUUCUACAAAUUUUGUUUUAAAUCUCAAUCGUUCAACAUACAUUCCUGCGUGGAGUAGUCAAUACGGAACGGCACCUAACGCAGCGACCUUAAUCAAAUUCCCAACUUUCCAACAUAAUGAUUUAAUAGUUUUGAACAACGGACGCAGUUCAUCACUUGUGUUACAAUACGCUUAAACACUCACUAAAAACUCACGCGAGUAUAUCUGCACCAAACAUACGUUGCUGGUCGUUAUUUUAGUUUCACUGUUUCGAGGAUCGCCUUGGAAGCAACGCUUCCAAGUAAUAAAUACGCCAACGAAUACCAAACCGUUUCCGAAUUGGUUCGACCAUAAUCAACGUUACAAAACAAGGAUCAGUGAAGGAUUUUUGCACGUUCCAAGGACGCUUUAACAACAGUCCGGGAAGCAACAGGCUACUACACGCUAUGGCGAAAAAGACGUACGAUCUGCUAUUCAAGCUGCUCCUAAUCGGCGACUCCGGUGUCGGUAAAACCUGCAUAUUGUUUCGUUUCUCCGACGAUGCUUUCACCUCAACCUUCAUUUCAACCAUUGGUAUCGACUUUAAAAUAAAAACAAUUGAAUUGCGAGGAAAAAAGAUAAAGCUACAAAUAUGGGAUACUGCAGGACAGGAGCGUUUUCAUACAAUCACAACUUCUUACUAUCGUGGAGCGAUGGGUAUUAUGCUAGUUUAUGACAUAACAAACGAGAAGAGCUUCGACAACAUUGUAAAAUGGCUACGAAAUAUAGACGAGCAUGCUAACGAAGAUGUGGAAAAGAUGAUUCUUGGUAAUAAAUGUGACAUGUCGGAUAAACGUACAGUGCGUAAGGAACGAGGUGAAAAUAUUGCUCGAGAGCACGACAUACGUUUUAUGGAGACAUCAGCAAAGGCGAACACUAAUAUCGAGCGGGCAUUUCGUGAGCUGGCCGAGGCGAUUCUGGAUAAGACCGCUGGAAAGGAAACAACCGACAACCCGGAUCGUGUGAUCGUGAAUCGGGGUACGGGCGAACGACCACCAGCCUAUAAGUCAUGUUGUGCGUAGUGUACUCGAUUAUCACAAACACCCAGUUAUAGUAAUACCUAAAGAAUUUUAAACCAAUAAUGGCAAACUGAACCCAAAUUGUUGUGUUCUUGUUUUUUUCUCUUCACUAAACAAUCACAAAAUGAAGCCUAUUGAUGCUGUCACAACUUGGAUCCUACUUAUCACGCUUACCGGACAUAACACACCACAAUAAAUAUUCAGUCGGAAAACGGAAAACAAGUAGUAAAACUUGUUUUGAUGUGCUGGAAAUAUGAACAUACUUUUACCAUGCAUUUUCCUCAUCAGACCAUUAAAAAGAAUACUAGUAAUUAAUUACAGAUAAUACUUUAGAGUUUAGCAUGUACAUAUAACCGCAUCAAGGCAGGGUGCAAUAACGACUGUGAAAUGAACAAACCCAACCUAACUUUAGAGCAAUCCAGCACGUGUACAACAAUUUCAAAUAGUUUUCGCAAAUAAUAAAAAAUGCUCUUUGCCAUUCUUUGUUUAAAAUUCUUUAGUAGUACACAAGAAGCACCAAUAACCUCGCUUAGUCUUAGCGGGUGUCGCUAUCGCCUAAUCGUACCUUUGUUUUAACGUUGAUCAGCAAGAAAAUAUGCACAUUUCGCGGGAAUGCCAUCGUUAAGCGUGACAUUAUAUUAAAUCUGUGUUAACAUAUACGAAUAGGGAGAUCAGUAGGCUUAAGAGGUAUGAAUAUUUUAUGUUCAAAAGAUUAAUUUUAUUUUUCACAAUUUUUGUUCAACAUGAUUAUAUCUCAUUGAUUUUUAUAUUUACAGAGAUGUACCUAUUAUCAUUUAUUAUCUUCGAUUUUCAAAUUGAGCUCAAACCAUGUCGGUCUUAUCCUGCACCAGAGACAAUGUUAAUCUCUGGUGCUUCCUGUAACGGUUCGUUUUUACGGGCGGGGUUGUUGGUCCCGCGCCAACUCCUCUGUCACGCUGGUAUUGGAAAUCGAAACCAAGGCCGGCUGCGUGACAACCGGUCCGGGGAUUCGACCCCAGGCCAGCUACGUGACAGCGACGAGCAUUACCGACUGCUCUAUCAGCGGUGGCUAAAUUUCAUCAAUCUUAAUAUUACGUAAUUGAUGAAAUACCCAUGCUUAUAUCCCUGCAUCAUGUAUGUGCCCUGGCCUACAACAGGGCCAUUACUACUUGUUUUUUAGUGAUGUCUGCAGUUUAAGUUCUGCCAAUACAAAAGAUGGACUCAUUAGAAAGGUAACCAUUUAAAUCAAAAAGGUGAAAAAAGUUCCGACACAUUUCUUAAGCUUUUGGUGUCCGUAUUGUGAGUGAAUAAAAAUGUACUAAGCUGUUUGGUUUUGCAUUAAAAUGUUCACCGAUGGAGUUUCAGUGAUAUGCAUGCAAGCUAAUCAGGAGAUAGCAAAUAUUUUAUUUGUCAUCCUUGUGAUACUUUGGAAUUCUUAAAAAAAUAUGUUUAAACAAUGAGCUUGUGUUAAGUUGCCACAUGAACUGAAAAAACUAUGUUUAUAACAACCUCAUAAUAAAAACAUUUCACAACGCACAAAACAUUAAUGAACUUGAACGGAUAAUUGACAAUGCAUUUACUACACAGUCUGGCUAUAACUAGUUUUCACUGCGGCAGAAUGAGUUCGAUAGACGAAAUUGGUCCACAAAACGUGUUCGGAAAAUUAAAUGAACUUCGUUUUGCCGAAAAACACAACAGUGCAACUACGAAGAAGUUAUGAAAGUAUGAAGUGGAAGAAGGGUAUGAUAAGUUUGAUAAACAAUUAAUUGAUUUUAAUAAAUUUUCAUUCAACAUCUUUCAAAACAAGAUUGCAAUGCGGGGAUAUUAAAUCAACAUCAUCCGGCAACCACAGCCGACAAAUGGCCCGUCAACAGGGCCAUUCGACAGGCCAUUGCUGGAAAGAAACAGCUAGUCAGCGCAAUCAUGCCAAACAUUCUAUUUUGCCUCCAUUUUCGUUAGCGAGCACUCGCUCGAGCAUUCUGCGCGUGCACACGCAAAUUCUGGCUGGAGGGCCACACGAAGCGAAAAACGGAGCGUAAAAAUGUCAAAUCGAUCCCGCUUAUGUCAAAUUGUAUAUGAAUCCGCGUACUUAUAACCGAUCUGACGUUACACAGAAUGUCAAAUCGUUUAUUUUCGCUUCGCGUGUCACCCCCUCCACCCCAAGUGACGAUUUGCUGACAGCCCACUGUUACUGUGUGGUGAAAGCCCGAGCUGCCAAACGAUUUGUUUACGCUGCUGCGUACAAGCGCGGCGGUUUCGCUCUGUUGUGGUUUUCGGCGACUUUUCUGUUUGCUCCUGCAAACAGAUCGGAUAAAAUGACUACAAAUGCGGUUAACAAUCGAAUGUAGCGGCCCGUGCAUCGCGAGGCCACAACGAUUGUACGACACACACAACUUUGUAAGAAACAAAAUGUGUAGAAAUAAAU